AUGCUGACUGUCCUCACGCGCGCGCCGAUAGGUAGACGACUGUCCCGUUGUGUGCUGCAGCCACGCAGGCUACAUGCAGUCGCAAAGACGACGCAGUUUCAUGUAGAAAUGCUGGACGGCAACGAUGCAGGCAUUGCAGUCUUUACAAUGGACCGCCCGGACGCACGCAAUGCCUUAGGUCGCCAGUUUAUGGCCGAGUUCCGCCAAGCACUCGAGCAAGUCCGCUUUGAUUCGUCUGUCCGCGUGGUGGUCGUUCGUAGUGCUGUUCCCAGAGUAUUUUGUGCGGGUGCAGAUCUGAAAGAGCGUCUGAGGAUGACGCCCUCCGAGGCUGCUGCAAGUUCCCGUGGCUACCGCACCGGGUUCACGGAUCUAGAGAAACUUCCUAUGCCGACAAUUGCUGCCAUUGAAGGAGCCGCUCUUGGUGGAGGGAUGGAGAUGGCACUGGCGUGCGACCUCCGCAUUGCUGGAGCCAAGGCAGUACUUGGAUUCCCCGAGACGUCCUUGGCAAUUCUUCCCGGAGCUGGUGGAACCCAGCGUGCAGCUCGCUUGAUCGGGAUCUCCAAAGCCAAGGAACUCAUCUUCACCAGCCGUCGUCUGACUUCCGAAGCUGCUGAGAAGAUUGGACUGGUCGAUUAUGCCGUACCUGAAGACAAGGCGUAUGACAAAGCGCUGGAGAUUGCUCGUGAGAUUCUGCCCAAUGGACCUGUUGGCAUUCGCAUGGCAAAAGAAGCAAUCAUGAAGGGCUUUGAAGUGGACAUUGCUACUGGAUUGGCCAUUGAGAACGCUUGCUAUGCCCAGGUGAUCCCGACGAAAGACCGCAUAGAAGGUCUGACGGCGUUUAAGGAGAAACGCAAACCGCAGUAUACCGGCGAGUAA